AUGUCUGUACCGACGUCGUCACCUUCUGAUAAUUCUAACUACAAUUGCGCAAAUGGCAAGGUUAGAAUAUUUAUUCGUUCACCAACUACUCCAUCUCCCGAAGAUUUUUCCGUACUAAUUAAUCUAGACUCGUCGGUUCUGGCAUUGAAACAAGCAAUCUUUGAGACUCAUCCACAAAAACCCAUUGUUAGAGACCAGAAGUUAAUUUAUAGAGGAAGAGUACUGAAUGAUACAGACACUAUAGUGAAUGUUUUGAGAAAUGGACUGGAAACAGAUCAAACAUUUCAUUUAGUUGUUAAACCUUCAUUUCAAGCGAUUGCCGAAACAACAGGAAUUCCGAUCUCUCCACCCAGUUCGUCCUCUCAAACACAGCAACCUUUUGCCGGUCAGAUUCCCGAUCCGCAACAAGAUGUUGCCGCGAGAAAUCAACGUCGAGCCGCAACGUUGUGGUUAAUCGUAAAAUUGUUUUUCUUGGUAUAUAUUUUCUCUCAAAAUGCUAGCGCAGAACGAAUGAUUUUGUUGUACAUCUUUGCAUUGGUUAUUUUCUUAUAUCAAACCGGACGCUUGCGGAUAGUGCGAAGACGUCGACAAAGAAUAAUAGUCCCUAUGCCCAAUGAACUAUUUGAUCAAGAGGCACAAUCACCCACGCAGUCAGAUCAGAACAAUAAUGAUCCAUCUACAUCUUCAACGUCGAGGCAGUCAUCGUCUUCACCAGUGUUAAACGAUAACUCAAAUAACAAUGCAUCUUCCUCAUCCUCGCAGCAGCAGAAUGUAAAUGAUAAUAAUGGUAAUAAUAGUGCUAACGAAGCGCAACCAAACCCACAAGAGAACAUUCGUUCAAUCACCUGGCAAGACAUUGAACAUGCGAUAUGGACCUUUUUUACAUCUUUGAUCCCAACUAAUCCACCAGAUGUCGGGCAGCAGGAUGAAGUAGGGAUGUAG